AGCGAGUUGCAUUCGGGGGACUUCUUCUUGGGUUAGAACAACAAGGUGCUUCAGAACGUCAGUGUAGUUUGCGUCGGUACUCGUGUUGUGUUUCAUUGAUUCAAAGUAGAACGAUUCAACAUCAGAGUACUAAGUAACCCUGUCGGCAUCAUGUCUUCAUCUUCCAGCUCUAUGUCGCAUGCGCAUGGCGCGCAAGCAGACGCAUCCGUUCCUACUUGGACCGGCGGCUCCGGAAGACGGCGCAAUCGUGGAAAAGGAAAGAAAAAAGGGGACGCACGCGCUACUACUGUAGGAGCAGAAGCUCGACUCGGGGAUUCAAAUGAGACCAGCAGAGACGGCAGGGCUAAGCGAAAAGGAAAAGGAGGAUGGAAGAAGCCGAAAACAAGGAGUGAAAUGGCGAAGGGACGAGCGGCAGAACCAGAGGAGUUAACUCACAGAAGUACUUAGGUCGUCGAGUCAGCACGUCGAAUCCGGUCCGCAUGAGAGCAAAAAAAAAGGGAAGUCAAAGAAAAAAAGCCAGUCGCGCGAGAGGCUGUUGUCUCCCGGUCCCACAUCUGACUUCGACAGCACCAACCAUGGUAAUUACAACACGAUGAAGGGCAAAGGUAAGGGAAAGCGUGCGAAGAAUAAAGGAAAGAACAAGCAAGGCCCCGACUCUCAGCAGAAAGACAAAACGGAAGAGACACAGGACUUCGUGGUUACGGAUGUUCACAACAAAAGCAGAAGAGAGUUUUGGAAACGCGUCAUUGAUACGUUGGUGGAUCAUCGAAGUAACCCUGAGGUGGAGAACGCAGCGCAUUCUCUCAUGUGUGGCAGUAGUCCACUGCCCUUUGUCAUCGGCAAGAAGUCUGGAAAGCCAGUAAAUUUGCCGUGUAUGUACUGUUUCGACACACCCGAAAAACGGAAAGUGCUUUACGGGCUGGUUGCGGAAAUCUACGCACGCAAUCCGCGCGAGACCCUACCUUUGGUCGAGUUUGGCGCGCGGGUCAACAAGAACGGGCUCUUCACCUACUCCGAGGACAUUGACAUUUUGUUGAAGGCCGAGCAAGUCAAAGGCUAUGCAAAGCUGUUAACCGACGUCUCGCUCACCCCCGAGGUGCUGGCAAAGGCUGCGCGGCAAGACGAGAUGUCUUCGGCUCAAGUCCUCAAGGUGUUGCGGGAGAUUGAGGGCUUAAUUCUACGGAGAAUGUUGCCCAGCCGCAUUCGCUCGCUCGGCCGUCUGUGGGACGAGGAUACAGAUAACGUGUGCAAAGCCAACACUGAACUCCUCGUUUUCAGCAGUUCAGGGUAUACUUAGCCAUUACCUCAAGCACAUACUUUUAGUAAGUGGCCUCAUCUGCUCCUGAGGCCUCGUCCCGCAUAUUCAGUUUCUUCACACAGAUGAGUUUACUACUCGGAACAUCGGAGGCCUUUCCUGGACAGAUAGUAGGUAUUAAUAUCGCGAGUAAUCUCUUCCAUUAAUACGCAGAUUUGUACAUAUCAUCAACAUUUGUAAAAUUCACGUAGUACAACUAGUAUGGUACGAGGAUGCAAGCGCGGAGUUUUUGCUUCUGCGAUUUUGAGUUUUUCUUGAAAAUCUUUGCAGGUAUGCUCUUCGAUACUGCAAGUGGAAAAUUUCGCUACAUCUGGUGUGGCCUGAGCUACGCGUUGACGAGGAAAUGAGUAUUCAGAUUCGCGAACGUUUGUUGAGUGAUCUGAAACGGUCGCGGGAUCCCGACGUUUCGUGGUUCGAGAGAAAUUUUUUCAGUGAGCAGACGCAAGAAGAGUUCGACGAUGUUUUCGACCAGUCUUGUGUCCGCGGAGCGUCGCUGCGGAUGGUUUAUUGUGACAAGUUCACACGCAAAGACAUCGAUGGCAAGGAGUGCUACCGGGUGGAAGGACGACCGAAAGUGCCGAUCUUUCAUUGUAAAGUUGAUUUUCUGGCUCAUGGAUGUCAGACGGAUCAACAGUCCUCGGAAGAUAUUGCAAAAUUUACACCAGCCAAAGAUGCCUUCAAGCCCAUCGAGUGGCUCGAGCGUUCGCAGGUGGCGUUCCUAACCGGAAAAGACGCCGAUCCGCAGCGGCUCUCGAAUAUACUACAAAAUCGCAGCGUUCUUGAGGCCACAGCACGAUGGAAUUCACCGCGCCGGGCGCUUGCACGUACCCGCACUCAACAGGGCUCGCGCGGUGGUCAAAAGAAACCGGUUCGCGCCCACUCGUUCUCAGGCACAACCCAGUUGAAACAACGCGCAAGCUCGUCUACAUCCAGACACAUCGUGGGAGCAUCUUCGGCCUCCCGUUUCCCGCACGGUGAAAAUGUAUUCGACCCGAAGACCUCCUCCCGAACCUCUCCUGGUAGCGCUCAUCCGCUCGAGUUUGAUCACAUGCUCUGCGAACAAGACAUUCUUAGUGUGUGGAAGGUUUAUUUGCCCCCACCGGGUGCUGCGAAUAAGGAUAUUGUCGCGCAGUACGGAGGCAUCAAGAACGUUCACCACGGGUUCGUGCUCCACGUGGAUGGCGCUCGUGACGCUUUUCUCGGUAAGAUGGCUGUAGGCGUUGUGCUGAGGUUUGGUCACUAUGCUUACGUGGGCGACAGCGAUCUCCAGUUUCUUCCUGGUAGUUCGCACACUUUGUUUCAAGGUGGCUUUCUCUUCAAGGGAGAAGACCUCGAGGGCGACCAUGAGGCGGCUGCGGCGUCCGUUGGAUUCUUCGUCUUGCAGAGCUACUUGGAACAGCUCAAGACGGCCUUGCGCUACGAGCUCGGCGAAGAAGAUGCAACAUCAAAUAAGAAGAAUAAAGGGAAAGGCAAGAAAGGCAAAAAGAAUAGCAAGGCACAGGCUCGAAAAGCCAAUCGAUUGUACCAUGCGGGUUCCACAGCCGACGAGCUGGUGCGGGGAAGCGAGAUUUGCCUCGCGGCAGACAGUCGCGUACCCAUCUACGCGCUGGAAAACAAGGCGAAAAAGCUCGCUGCGAAGCAAGUGCAGCUACUGCAAAGUCAGCGCGCAGCUUUGGAGCGGGAUUUCAUAGACGAGGCGGCUACACAGGAGGCGCAACGCAUUCAGUUGCGCUGGGUCCGGAGGGAAAAUAAUAAAGAUGCUGACCGCUUCGCAAAAAACGCGCUCAGUGAAAAACACGUCUCGGCACUGCCGGAUCACGUACAGAAGCAAAUCAUGGAAAGUUUACGCUAAAGAGGGUUACUGUCCAAGAAAAAUGGUAACGAGUCGGAGUUUUUUCCGCUUCCGUCUCUCUCAAAUUCUUUUCCGGGACGAGUAAUGCAGCUAUUGUAGAGUUUUAGUUUUUCAAUUUCUCAUGGUCUAGUGAAGAACAAUUAAUCAGAUGAGAUUUAAUGCUGGUCGUCACAGUCACCAGGCUGUGAAUCAGCCAAACCCUGUCCCGAUUUAUGAAGCAGAUCGCACACAGUUUACGCGCGAUAUUGAUAUUUGAGCUCGACUGUUUUAUGGAGGGUUUCCAGUGAAUGUGAAGUUCUUGCCACCCUUCUUUCAGCUUCAUCGUGAGCCAGCAUGUUCACUUUAUUAAGCUACAAUACCCUUCCACCCCAUACACGUUCUUUACAUUACAGAAAUACAAAAAUGAGCAUUUUGUUCAAGCAAAAUCGACUUGAUUUUUUCUCAUCCUUGUUUCCACUGGUCCAAUUUUCGGAUUCCAAACAAUCAAUAUCAAAGAAAUAUAUCAACUGUAAGUUGAAAUCAAUCAGACAAUAUAUGAGAAAAACUUGAAAACAUGAAAAUAGACGAGUUUGAAAAUGGUAAUAAUUCUGUCUCAGACCACUUUCUUUUUUUAUAGGAUUGAUCUAAGUAUGUGUUUGAAUUAUGUACCGAAGAGGAAGAACUAUUUAUGUUUACUUUGUUAAGUGAUGUAAACAUGAAAGAACUUCUCAAAGUAGCGCAACUGCAAGUUACUUUACCUAGUAUGGUGCAAGCUUGAUCGACGUCUGAUGGAUGCUGUAUCUAUUUCGUAAUCGCCGCGUGAGUUGCGAUUUCAUGAGUUGAGAUGUUUUCCAUGAUUUUCAAAUGAUUGCAUCCAACAGUAUGGAUACGUUGAUUCAGAUUAUCUGAGUGGGGGGGUGACAAAAUUGCGAACUCGAAGAACCAAAAUGCGUCUCCAAUCGAUAUGCACGACGAAGCCAAAUGGGCACAAUCCCAUGCGACUAAAUAGUCACGAGGUGCUAGUGGGACAAAAUGCAAAACAGUUAUCUACUUUAUAAUACAUAGCGAAGAAGAUCAUGUACAACCACAAGCAUCUCUUCUCAAUGCUUGAUAACAUUCAUCCGCUUACUUUUCUUCUGUCUCG